AUGCAGAUCUUUGUCAAGACAGAUAAAACCGUCACCCUCGAGGUGGAGUCAAUCGACACGAUUGAUGCUGUCAAGGCCAAAAUUCAAAGUAAAGAAGGAAUUCCGUCUGAUCAGCAACGAUUGAUAUUCUCUGGCAAGCAGCUUCAGGAUGAUCACUCCCUUUCUUAUUAUGACGUUCAGAAAGAAUCUACUUUACAUCUGGUACUUCGUUUGCGGGGUGGCGCUAAGAAACGUAAGAAGAAGACUUACACCACACCGAAAAAAGUCAAGCACAAGAAACGAAAGGUUAAGUUGGCCGUUCUCAAGUAUUACAAGGUUGACGAAAAUAAUAAAAUUACUCGGCUUCGCAGGGAAUGCCCAAACCAAUCAUGCGGUGCAGGUAUUUUCAUGGCAUGGCAUUACGAUCGUCAAUAUUGUGGAAAGUGCGGGCUAACGUACGUUUUCAAGAAAGAAGACGCAGAGGCUUGA